GUCUCCACGUGACAGUUUUUCCGUGCAGUUUUUUAAGGGUGCAUAGUUGCUCUCCUAUGAGAAAGGGAAUUGUUCUUACCCUAGACAGUUUUUGUAGUCUGAAUUAGCACUUGUGAGGUUUCACAAGUCAGACUGGGCUGUUGAGAGCUUCUCCCGAAGAUGUACAUGCUGGUGGAAAACCGCACGAGUUCCCAUCUUCAUCUGAAGAGGUCACCUGGCAUCCGAUCUUGGUCUCUCUGUGCUGGAAUAGCCUCCAUAGGUUUGGCUGCUGCUUAUUAUAGUGCAGACAGCCUGGCAUGGAAGCUCUUCUACAUGGCUGGGUGUUUCUUUGUGGCAGCACAGAAUCUGGAGCAGUGGGAGGAAGCUGUGUUUGAUAAGAAUAAGGGAACAGUCUGCCUAAAAACAUUCAAUCUUUACAAGAAAAUGCUGACCUUCUCCAAAGGAGGCAAUGAACAAGUAGUGGCUCUGCUGAAUGAGAUCCGAGAUGUAAACGUGGAAGAGGAGACUGUGCGAUAUUUUGGGAAGGGUUACGUGGUUGUGCUACGAUUUGUCACUGGAUUUUCCCACCCGCUGACUCAGAGCGCCGUGCUGGGCUGUAGAAGUGAUGUGGAAGCAAUUGCCAGACUCAUUACUAUUUUUCUGGAACUGGACAGAGUAGACAGCCAACAAGAUCUCUCUCAGAGCAGUGAAACAGAGGCUAGCGAUGCAGAUGAACCACUGGAUAAAUACGAAUAGUCAUUAUUAGCUGAAGAAAGCAGAAACUUCGAACAUCUGGAAAGUAUACUGGUUGUUCUUCAGAAAAAGAAACCCCUCCAUUUUGUCCUGGGCAUUUCUCUACAUGUGCAUUUAGAGUGCGAGGAGUCUGUCUUAGGGCUUUUUAAGCCAAACUGCUUCAAGGUCCGCGCUCGCAGGAUUGCAUUGUAGAGUCCAAAGCGAACUCUGGUUUGUUUGCUCCUUCAGCUUAGUUACUGCAUGUGGACGUUGCUGGCGUUUGAAUUUUGUCAGCUCAUCAAACUUCUCUAGGAACAGUUAAUUGUGAACAAAUUGGUUUGAAAUCUUUCAUCACUUUCCCAUUGAUGAGGUGGAGAUACAGAUGUAAACUUCCACUUAGCGCAAACAUCUGCUGCAGGUACUGUAUAUGAAACAUCGAAAGCUCAGUUUGUGACUUAUAACCCAGUGCUCUGAAGUUUUUCUUGAAAUGUUAGAAAUGACUGCAUAUACUGCUAAACUGGUUUUAUGCAGCUUAAUAUAUGCAAUUAGGUGAUACAGGUUAGUAGCACUUUUAUCUGCUCUACUACUGACUUGCCUUUAGCUAACCAGUCAAAAUUAAAGUUGGAGUGACUGUCCUGGAAUUGGAAAUCUCAGGCUGACCAACUUGUUCCACUGCCUUACUUCUCUUGGACUUACCAAGGAGCUGUAAACAAAAAGUGAUUACGUGAUCAUCUUUGGGAUGUUCUAGCUUAAUCCUGUUCCAACUUCUGGGCAGAGAAGACAGAAUAACCUUUUUCUACACCUCAACAUUGACUGUUUUGACUGUGUACUUAGAAAGGAAGAAAAGCACACCUGUUAUUUU